CAGCUGUUGGUGACCCACGUGCUUUGAACACCUUGGAGAAGAGUGCAGUUGACCGUCAGGGAAGGGCGGGGAAGAGCUGGUGGGCUCUCAGAGGGGGGGCCUUAUAACUCAGGCAGGCAGUGACUCGGCUGUGUCCAGUCUGUGUCCCCUUCGUCCUGCCUUUUUUUUUGUGGUAGGGGGGCUGCAGAAACCUCCGUGGAAGAUUGAAGGGGCUGCAACGCCAUGCCUCCUGCACUUUGGCUGCUGGUCUUUCUGCUACAACUGACAGCAUCUUUUCGGUCUCCGUUCCUCAUCUCGGAGGGUGGCCAGGAGCGGCUGCCAUGCCCGGCCGAGUGCCCCCCGCAUGAACACGGCCGCCCCCUGUGCGCCUCUGACGGGAAGUUUUACCUGUCGCCCUGCGCCUUCCAGGAAGCCAGGUGUGAACGUCCAAACCUCCAGGUGUGGCCCCGCUUCCGCUGCCGAGGAGCUGCCCAGCAGGAUAACAACAGUGCCAAUUUGACUCGGUGCCAAGAAGACCGAGCGGCUGCCCUCGCCAAAUCCCGGCGCCAGAGCCACGCCCUGUACGUGCCCGAAUGUAGUGAGAAUGGCGCCUUCCUGGAGGUCCAGUGCCAUAAACAAACCGGCUAUUGCUGGUGCUCCACCCCGGAAGGCAAGCCCAUCGCGGGAACUUCUGCCCUGAACCAAGCGCCCAACUGCACAGGAAUGGAUUCUGCGGGAACCUCGUGGCAAGAUGCCCAUUCUUCCAAGCGAGAUGACAUUAAACCCUCUGUAAUAGCUGCCUUCCACCUCUUUUCCUCCCUGAACGCAGAAGAAGGUGUCGCCCCCCGGCCUACUCAGCCAAGCCCCGUGCCCCGCAGGCAGCCAGAAGGCACCACCUUGCCUUUCCUGAUCCCCAUCAUCCUCCCGGAUUUCAAGACGAACCACACGGCUAAACCAGCCCAAGAAUACCCGCCGUCGUGCGAACAGGAACGGCGGGAAGCCAUCCACGAGGCCCGCCAGCACCAACAGGAGGGCACCUUCAUCCCGGAGUGCGAAGGCGAUGGCACCUACAAGGAGGUGCAGUGUCACCAAGCCACAGGCUACUGCUGGUGCGUGCGAGUGGUCAGCGGCCGCCCCAUCCCAGGGACUUCUACCCGAAACUUUCCCCCGGACUGCGAAGCUGAUACAGCAACCAAGAGCACGGAAAUCAGGUCCUUGUUCCGAGAUCGGAUCCUGCCAGGCUGUCCCGGGUCCAAGAAAACCCAAUUCCUUACCCAGCUGAUCAAGGCGUUGAGUUCCCACAUGCUGCAGUCAAGGCUGAUGACCAUUCCGUACCGCAGGUUUCCGGAUUCCUUGGCGGCCCCCAGCCUGGAGGACCGGGCCGUGCGCUGGCAGUUCACCCACCUGGACCGCGACUUCAGCAACGGCGUGAGCGAGAGGGAGCUGCGCCCCUUCAAGCUGUACAUGAAGCAAAACGCCCGGCCCAAACGUUGCGUCCGGAAGUUCCUGGAUUACUGCGAUCUUAGCGGCAACAGGUUGAUCUCGCUGCCCGAAUUCAGAGGCUGUUUGGGGCUCAGCUAACCCUCCGGUUCCCCCCCCCCCCCAAAAAAAAAAAGUGGCCUGCAAUCUCUGUAUCUCCAAGUUCCUGCCUUCGGUUGCUGAUUAAACCUUUUAAACUUUAAAAAGGUGGACUGGAUUUCCUGCCAAGAAUUACGAGGAUGUUUCUGGGGAAGGAUGAGCGGAAUCGGUGACAGCAAAGCCCAGCCACUCGCUUUUUUCUUCCUGGGUUUUUUUUUGCCCUCCUUUCGCUUUAAAAAUGUAGAUUAAAAAAAGGCCUGCGGGUAAUGUGGCCUCCCUAGGUUUUGUUAAUAAUGGUGAUAUUUUAACCCUCGCUUUGUUUUUACGGGGUCCUUGGAAAGGGAAAAAAUCUGACCGAGGAUGGCUUUUUUUCCUGAGCGUUUUUUAAAAAGGUGUAUGUUUUUUUAAAAUAAAAAAUAAAAGCGUGAUUCGCCUUCUAAGUCCCCGGUGCUGGGGGAAAAAAGUAAGUCGAAUUUUAGAACCAACUUAUCUGCGCGGGCUCUUUGAAUCAAUAAAUUAUAUAUACGAGGAAGGA